AUGGAUAAAACCAUGUGUUCCGAUGAUAAUGGACAGAUUGUACUGGCUAAUGGUUCUGAAUUGGCAUUCAUCUCGUUACUAGCCAGCGAAAAUGAAUUCAGGAGUCUCGAGCAUUUGCCUUGUCUUCACGAUAAAGUUCUUGCAGCUGCUGCUGAUGCCGCUAUUACAUUCUCUUCAAAUCAGAAGAAAAAACAGACAACAAAACCGGGGAUUCUAGGCGGUAUUGUCAAAGGAUUGAAAGGUGGAAAAACCACUCAACCAGUUUUGCAUAAAAUUCAAACCUCCAACUUCGGUCAUUUGGAAGACAUUUUUUUCAAGCCCCCCUUUCCUGAUUCACGUCCAACGGCAGUAGUGGUCGAUGAAAAAGAAGUGGAGCUCGAUAUAGAUGACAUUCAAAUAGACGAGCCUAACGAGCCUAAAAUCGUAGCGUCUACUUCAUCUCCCAAUGUUAAAAACAAACAAAAAGAUAGUUACAAAACGAUAGGGAGAAACUCUUUCAAGGUGGAAGUAACGAUGACGUAA